AUUGGCUUUCAAACUCAUUGGUCUCUUCUAUUAGCCUUUGCUCAAUCAUCCUUUCUCAAAGUUCCGCCACAAGAUAACACUGUGAGGGAGAAAGGUUUCCUGAGCAAAAUACUGGAUCCUCCCGUGUCUGAAACUGUACGUAAUGCAGUUUUUGUUCUUCUAGAAAUUGGCGCCUUAUCGCUUGAUGGCAAACUAACUGAGGUCGGAAAGAAGCUCGGUUGUCUACCAGUCCAUCCAUUAAUCGGCAAGAUGCUUUUCCUAGCCAUAUUAUUGAACUGCCUUGACCCUGCCUUAACAUUAGCUUUUGCAUCUGAAAAUAGAGAUCCAUUUACUGUUCCCAUGUUACCAGAUGAAAAACAGGGAGCCGCAGCAGCUAAAUCUCAUCUGGCUUCAUUUUUAGGUGGGAAUAGUGACCAGCUAGCUGUAGAACCAGCAUUUGAGUGCUGGAAGAAUGCCAAGGCAAGUGGCCUAGAACCACGAUUUUGUUCUCAAUACUUUGUAUCCUCAGGCACCAUGAGUAUGCUGUCUCGAAUGCGUAGGCAACUUAAGACUGAACUGGUGCGGCAUGGUUUUAUUCCGGAUGAUGUAUCAAGUUUUAGCUCAAAUGCACACGAUCCAGGUAUACUUCACGAUGUCCUUGUUUGUGGGUUGUAUCCUAUGGUGGGGAGAUUGUGUCCACCUCACAAAGGCGGGCAAAGAUAUAUUGUAGAAACUGCUUCUGGUGAUAAAGUUCGAUUGCAUCCUCAUUCCAUCAACUUUAAAUUAUCAAGUAAGAAUUCCAAAGAUCGGCUUUUGAUUGUCUAUGAUGAAAUAACCCCUGGAGAUGGAGGUUUGUACAUAAGGAAUUGUAGCGUCGUUGGGCCACUCCCAUUAUUAAUGCAGGCAAAAGAGAUUGCUGUGGCUCCUGUUGGGGAUGCAGAUGAUAAAAGUGAUGACGAUUCUGAUGAAGAAAAGGGCAAUAAGGAUAUAACCGAGUGGCAUGAGAUAUCAUAUGCAAAAUAUGGAGAGAAGAUUAUGUCUUCUCCUGAUAAUGCAGCUAAGGUUGUUGUCGACAGGUGGCUUUCCUAUGAGCUUAUGGCCCUUGAUUUUGCUCAAAUCUACUGCCUUAGAGGGAGGCUGUCUGCAGCAGUACUUUUUCACGUUCCAUUUGCACUUGUGCACUGUCCUGCUGCAUACCUGAAACUCUUUGUUUCCUCAAAACACAUUGGUAAAAUUACUGAAAUCACAUUGGCUUUCAAACACAUUGGUUCGGAGAAAGGUUUCCUAUCGUGUCUGAAACUAACUAUACGUAAGGCAGUUUUUGUUCUUCAAGAGAUUGGUGCCUUAUCGCUUCAUGGCAAACUAACUGAGGUCGGAAAGAAGCUCGGAAGUCUACCGGUCCAUCCAUUAAUCGGCAACAUUCUUUUCCUAGCCAUAUUAAUUGGAAAGAUGCUUGGACUGAGGGUGUGGCAGGUCGUAGGUUUUAGAGAGAGUGGAAUGGUCCCCGCUAAGACCUUUUGAGUUUUUCACGUUAAAAAAAUAACAAUUAAUUUUUUGAAUAAUUUUACUGAUUAAAACUGUCUAAAUUUUAUCAAAAAAUUAAAAAUUAAAAUUU